CCACAUCCUUCUCUUCAGCUACUGCUAAAUAAUAAUAUUUACGGCAGUUCUCAUGGGCAGCCGAGUGCACAGAGGCAGCUGUCUCUGCGGGAAGGUUAGCCACAGCGUCUCUGGAUCUCCCAUUCUCAGCGCCUACUGCCAUUGCACACUGUGUCAAAGCCUGAACUCUGCUGCCUUUAUUCAUACCCUGCACUUCCCCUCAUCUGUAUUCAAAUGGACGCAUUCAGAACCCCAUGAAGCCUUACUGGAAUCUUUCUCCGUCCCGACCAGGCCCUGGAAGACUCGAUGGCGCUGCAAGAACUGUGGGUGCACUGUCGCGUCGUACAAUUCUAAAGCAGACAAAUGGAGUGUUUGGGGUCAUCAACUUGAGAAGGACUCGGAUGGAAAGACGAAAGGCUGGGCUGUGUUGCAGCCCACCGCCCAUAUUUUCUAUGAGACGCGUGCGCAGGACGUCGGUGACUCUCUGGGCAAGUGGACUGGCUACGAAGGUUUGUCUGAUAGAAUAGGUUGAGAGUUGUAGAAACAAAUUGUAAUUGUACCAAGGAUGUACCUCUCUCACAACAUUCCAAAUGAC